UUCGCUUCCGCAACAAAGAUCUGGUGGGUUACACCUACUUUCUGCUAACUUGUUGUCGUGUUGUACAUACUAGUAUCCAAUAAUGAUAUGUAAUUUAGACUGAUUCGGAUAGUCAGGACAUAGGGAUGUUCCGUAGGCUGACCAAGACGAAUCACUACCUCACUUUUGUGCUGGUAAUUUGUUCGCUGGUAGUACACUUAGGUGAACCGAAACUAGCCGGUGUGGAGGAGAGCGAGGAUAAGAAAUCCGGGACACUGAGCUUUAAGACUCCCACCUUGGAUGACGAGGAUACUCACAGCCUACACAUGCCACAUGAGCUGAAAUGUGACGGCUGUCGUGUGGUCGCCUAUCAACUGCAAACCAAAUUUUCUGAAGCUCACAAGAAGAGGCCUUCCUUAAAAGUUUUACCAGAGUCACAAAUCUAUGACAUAACUGAGUCUAUUUGUGAAAGCAAAUUUGACAAGUAUGGGAUUAAGGAAGUUGAUGGACAGAAACGAUUGUCAGGACCUGGAUUGGAAACAGCUGACAUUCCUGGGAUUAUGCAGGGUGGAGGGAGGUGGCCAAACAGGCUGAGAGAGACAUGUUCUAUGUACAUGGGUGAGAUUGGAGAAGAAGAAGUCUAUGAGGCGUACCUAAAGGAGAAGGACUUGGAAAAGUACCUCUGUAGGGGCCAAGGAAUUCUGGGCGAGUGUUCAAAGAAAAGGAGCCGCAAAAAUGAUGAGCUGUAGGCAUGGUAACAUCUCUUGGGAUACCAAGUUAAGAACAGAAGGCACAGCAAACUAUAAACAUUUAAUUUCCGACACAACAAAGCGAUCAAGUGUGUCUGACAACUGGUGCAAAUCUUGCUGAAUAAAUGACCACAUAUACUUGUGGGCUGUAUACUGGAGAUCUUCAAGCUCUAAAACUAUACACAUACAUUAAAUGGAUGGGAGAUAUCCUAUAUGUCAAGACAAAUCUAUCAUCACCAGUAGUUUAGUACAAGCAGAUGUUAAAUUAACACAAUACCAUAACAUCUUGGUAUACUGAGUAAGACUGACUUUCUUUAAUUUGGAGAGCUGUUGUCUACAGCUUCUAGACGUUGACGGAUGUCAUGUCAGUUGUAUGAGUGCUGCUGUUUUCAGCUGGUAGACAUUGACGGAUGUCAUGUCAGUUGUAUGAGUGCUGUUGUUUUCAGCUGGUAGACAUUGACGGAUGUCAUGUCAGUUGUAUGAGUGCUGUUGUUUUCAGCUGGUAGACAUUGACGGAUGUCAUGCUAGUUGUAUGAGUGCUGUUGUUUUCAGCUGGUAGACAUUGACGGAUGUCAUGCUAGUUAUAUGAGUGCUGUUGUCUACAGCUGGUAGACGUUGAUGGAUGUCAUGCUAGUUGUAUGAGUACUGUUGUCUACAGCUAGUAGACAUUGACGGAUGUCAUGUCAGUUGUAUGACUGCUGUUUUUUUCUGCUGGUAGACAUUGACGGAUGUCAUGCUAGUUGUAUGAGUGCUGUUGUCCUCAGCUGGUAGACGUUGACGGAUGCCAUGCUAGUUAUAUGGUUGCUGUUGUCGACAGCUGGUGGACAUUGUCGGAUGUCAUGCCAGCUGUAGAUUGAUUUUGUCUACAGCUGGUAGACGUUGACAGAUGUCAUGCCAGUAAUAUGAGUGCUGUUGUCUACAGCUGGUAGACAUUGACAAAUGUCAUGCCAGCGGUAGAGUGCUGUUGUCUUCAGCUGGUAGACAUUGACAAAUGUCAUGCCAGCGGUAGAGUGCUGUUGUCUUCAGCUGGUAGACAAUGACGAAUGUCAUGCCAUUCGUAGAGUGCUGUUGUUUUCAGCUGGUAGACAUUGACGGAUGUCAUGCUAGUUGUAAGAGUGCUGUUGUCUUCAGCUGGUAGACGUUGAUGGAUGUCAUGUCAGUUGUAUGAGUGCUGUUGUCUACAGCUGGUAGACAUUGACGGAUGUCAUGUCAGUUGUAUGAGUACUGUUGUCUACAGCUGGUAGACAUUGAGGGAUGUCAUGCCAGUUAUAUGAGUGCUGUUGUCUACAGCUGGUAGACAUUGACGGAUGUCUUGUCAGUUGUAUGAGUACUGUUGUCUACAGCUGGGAGACAUUGACAGAUGUCAUGUCAGUUGUAUGAAUACUGUUGUCUACAGCUGGUAGACAUUGAUGGAUGUCAUGUCAGUUGUUUGAGUACUGUUGUCUACAGCGCGUAGACAUUGACAGAUGUCAUGUCAGUUGUAUGGGUACUGUUGUCUACAGCUGGUAGACAUUGACGGAUGUCAUGUCAGUUGUAUGAGUACUGUUGUCUACAGCUGGUAGAAAUUGACAGAUGUCAUGUCAGUCGUAUGAGUACUGUUGUCGACAGCUGGUAGACAUUGA